UCCGUAGUCGCUCUAUUGACAGCUUCUCGUCCGCUUCCGGUCUGGUGGGCAGGGCUUUCCCAGGGUCUGCAGUGUGUUCGUCCUGCCAUCAUGCCAUUCCUCCAUGGCUUCCGGAGGAUUAUUUUUGAAUAUCAGCCUCUUGUAGAUGAGAUCCUAGGAGCGGUGGGCAUACAAGAUCCGGAGCAGCCGGAGGUCAGCCAAGCAAGCAACAGCCAACUGGUCGGUGACAACGACAAGUUUGUUACUCUGAAUGAAUUGCUGGAGAGACAUUCCCAGUCUGCGUAUUACAAAGAGGGUGUGAGCUACUCGCUGCUGAAGGUGGCUGAGCUGGGCCUGGUGCCUGCGGCAGAGAUCCUCCUACAGUACGGCGCCGAUCUCAUCUUUGAGGAUCCUGUAACCUAUUACACAGCUUUGCAUAUUGCUGUCCUCCGAAACCAGCCAGACAUGGUGGAGCUGCUUGUGCAGAGCGGAGCUGACGUUAACAAAAGGGACAGGAUCCAUGAGAGCAGCCCUCUGGACUUGGCGAGCGAGGAACCGGAGCGACUUCCAUGCUUGCAGAGGUUACUUGAUCUCGGAGCCGAUGUAAAUGCGGCGGAUAAAAAUGGAAAGACAGCGUUGCUUCAUGCGUUGGCCAGCAGCGACGGCGUUCAGAUCCACAACACUGAAAACAUUCGGCUCCUGCUGGAGGGAGGGGCUGAUGUGAAGGCCACCACGAAAGAUUAUGAUACAGUUUUCUCCUGCAUCAUAUUCCUGUUGGGGGAGACUGUAGGCGCGGACAAAGAGGAGGCAAAGCUGAUCAAUCACUUCUGCUUCCGAGUCAGCCAACUCCUAAUGGCCCACGGCGCGGACCCCAGCGACUGUCCAUCUCACGAAUCCCUCACUCACACGUGCCUCAAGAGUUUCAAGCUCCACUUUCCCCUCCUGCAUUUCCUUCUGGAGUCCGGAGCCUCUUAUGACUGCUCUCAGCACGGCCCUUCUUGCUGGUCGGGCUUUCACAUCGUCUUCGACAGACUGUGCAGUUACCUGGGCAACUGCGACGACUGCGAUUCCGCGGAGCUCAUGCAGAAAGCAGAAUUUGUCUUGGACCUAAUGGUGGCAAACUCAACCGUUGUCAAACUGCCCAGGAACUUUGAAGUAAACGCAUCUCACUGCAGCGUUCAUGCUGACAAAGUGUCUGCUUUGCACCAGUCCCUCAAACAACUGGAGCAUUCCCCGCCGACGCUGAAGCACCUGUGCAGGGUCCACAUUCGCCGGCGGCUUAGGCCUUGGCCCAUCGAUGUCAAAGUGAAAGCCUUGCCCCUUCCGGACCGCCUGAAAUGGUAUCUUCUCCUCAAUCGCACUGCCUCCUGUUCCAGCGACGAGUACUCGUGAUCUAAAGCACCUACCUCAUUUCAAGAACGGCUGCUUAUUGUCGGGAUGUGAAAUUAUUUGCCAGUUAUAUAUAUUUUUUGCCACAACGUAUAAAUAUUUGCUUCUGUAGAACAGAAGCAAUCGGCGUAUAAUCCCAUUCAGCAAAUAUUAACUCAUGAUGUAUUUUUCGUGUAACACAUCCGUGGUAAUGUAUUCCGGGAGAUGAUUAUGUAUUCGAAACAAAUUAUUUAAAUCAUGUUGUUCUCUGCCGAUAUGGGGAGGCAAGUUGUGGCUCUUAAACUGCUCUGAUCUUCCAUUAUCCACAGGUACGGCGUUUGCAUGGGGACCACCUUUACUCCAGAAUCCAGGACCAGAACAAUAUAUACUUUACUAAAAUAUCUAUUCUGUAAGCGCAUCUGGAAAUUCCGACACAUAAACUGAAUCCCCGUGUUCCUUUUUAUUGUCUGAAACUAUAAAAUUACUUAUUUCAA